AUGCCGAAUCUCUUUGAAUCAGCCGAACGCCUGUACAAGCGUUUCUCGGGAGGCCAGCACAAAUCCAACGCACCCAACACCCCCUCAAAGUACACUCGAAAGGCCGACGCUCGUUCCAACGAUGGCGCGACCGUGUCACCUGCGGUGUCCAGCGGUUCGCCUCUGCAGUGGGUAGCUCAGAAGAACUACUCUGCCCGAGCCAAUAGCUCGUCCAACCUCGCGAUUUCGACGGGAACGGAGAUGAGAGAGGGCGACCGAGCGCCAAUCGCUUCGCCCAGAGCACCACUCCCCCCUGGCGACCUUACCGCAGUCUCCAGCGAGAGUGACAGCGACUAUGAGCCAGCCUUUGAAGGGCUUCCCUCCACGGCGGUCGAUGGAGCGCCAGUGGGGAGCCGUGCAAACCAUCGUCUUCGUCAGAGCCUUCAACGCGCUAAAGCGGCGGCUUUCGAGACACAAAUGAGUGUGUCGGGCGACAGCCAAAACCGCUAUCCAAGCGCGGAACGCCUCUACACCCAAGUGGCCGAGUCUUUUGACGAUGAGGACGGUGAAGACGAGGAAGAAGAGAGUGAUAAGGAGAGUGAUGAGAAGGCCGUUGAGAGGACGGGGCAGGAGGAGGAGGCGGUGGUGGGGCUAGAGCAAAACGCGGAAACAGACUCCGCGAGCAGUGUUGCUCGCGCCUACAAAGCCUCUCUCAGUCUCCACCCUAGAGCUGGCGUCCGAUGGCCGUCAGAUCCGCCUCAACCACUGGUAGAUAUUUUGCCAAAAAUACGCCGCUGCCUUGGUCCACCAAACACGGAAUUCGUGAGAGCAAUCUGCCAGCGUCCCUCGUGCCGCUGUCUGCUUCGGGGACACGAUACGCUCAUGCUCUUCCCGGUAUUCGACGCAGUGCUGUGUGAGGCGACUUGGGAGAAGAUCAAGGACAGCCAGUUUUCGUCGCGAUCGGGAUCGCACUUCCUCUCACGCCUCCAACACGGCCACGCCACAGGUCCCACUUCCGAAACCCAGGCCAAUCUCAUUCUGUUUCGCCAGUGUCGUGGUUGGUAUGAGGUCAUGAACGAGAAUUACGAGCCCGUCCCACACUGGACGACCAUCGAGGAGGUUCGGUGUGCAAAGCCUGCGACAUUUCUUGUCCGUCGCGACCUCAAGUGCCUGCUUGCGCCAACGGAGUUGUGGGUGCCGCCGCAGCUGCUAUCGAGCACUGAUAGAAGCAACAGUGGUGCUCCACCAAUCCCCAUUCCAUCCUCAAUUGUCGUCGAAGCCGCCAACCCCAAAACCAUCGCCUCUAGUAGCGUGUUCGUCCUUAAACCGGGAACUCUCCUCUCCUACGUGGAUUACAUCCACGAUUGCACCGUCAGCCGAGGCAAGAAGUUCAAGCUGAUGUCGUUUGUUCUGGCAGUGGAGAAGUGCCGUAGUCAGCGUCAAGGCGACACCCCGAACAGUCCACGACGCCUCUUCUACAUCGGCACUGAGGAGGCCUCAAGCCAGGCCGUUUUCCCCGCCAAGGUGGCCCUCAGUCCGAUCGCGGGUCCGGAGAACAUCUCAGGCGUGCACACGCUGUCGUCGCUGCUUCGCAAAUUUCGCCUCCCCCUCUCGAUAGUUCCGGUGGCCGUGCCAGAGAGGAAGAUGCAGGCGAGUGCCAGCAGCUUGAGCAGUUUGAGCAAUGAGUCAGGAUCCACGAACUACGCCACCGCGCAGUCCACCAAACCCGUGAACAUCUUCCCCACGGUCCCUGGCAUCACCUUCACCGAUCGGACCUACAUUCGUCUGCGUGGCCUCUUGCGAGGCGAUGUGAUAAUUGUGGCGCCGGUCGACUCACCAGACCGCUUCUUCCUCAUCACGCCAACCCUGCUUCAAGACCAUCUGUUUCAGGUGGGCUUCACGGAGGACGCGAUCUACCAGCGUCUUGCAGCUGGCCACCGCAAUCGCACGCUCAACUUCCUAUCCAUGGCGCAUCCUCGUGAUUCCCUGGACUACCUCCUGGCUUUCCUCAAGAACAUCACGAACAAACCGCGUCUCAUGACCAACACCGCCAACGGACAGGACGUGGCGCGGUCUCUGAUGGGUCGGCUGACGGCGGGCUUGAUGCAGAACUACGAGAUCACCUCGGCGAUGGCAAAGGCCAUCUACACGGAGACGGGUAAGGAUCCACGCACCGGGCCUGAGAGCGACAUGACGCCGGAACAGGUGGACCAGGCGUACGACGAGAUGGACGACCUGUACUUCUUCACCCGCAACGGCUACUACCCCGCGAAGACGCGCCAACGCCGCUCCAAGUCGACCGCGGGCGCCGCGCCUGCAGGAAUGGUGAACAGCAACGGCAACCAGGUCUGUCUUGGGGCUGACGGCGGCGUGCCUGUCGUGCCUCGGCAUCCGAUACCCAGCGCUGAACAGCUGCUCGCUGCCACGCUUAACAUCUCCACGUACAAAUAA